GAGGCGGCUCUUCCAGGUCAAGCUUGCAAGCUCCUUUCUGUAACUCAGCGGUCAUGGGAGUUUCUGUGUGAUGUGUUCUGCGUGACUCUACUGGGUGUUGUGAGAGAAGGUUAGUCAAGCUCAGAACUCCAAACAUGUGUCUUCGCUGGAUGCUGUGAAUUUAGCUCAAGCAAGCUCAGAACUUCACACAUGGAUUUAGUCACCUAUGAUGACGUGCAGGUGAACUUCACUCAGGAUGAGUGGGCUUUGCUGGAUCCUUCUCAGAAGAGUCUCUACAAAGAUGUGAUGCUAGAGACCUAUAGGAAUCUCACAGCUAUAGGUUACAUUUGGGAAGAACAUACGAUUGAAGACCAUUUUCAAACUUCUAGAAGUCAUGGAAGGCAUGAAAGAAGUUGUUCUGCAGAGCAACCCUCUGAGUUUAUUCAAUGUGGUAAAGCCUUUGCAUAUGAGAGUGGUAGACAAAGGCAUCAAAUUAAACAUAAUGGAGAGAAACACCAUGACUGUAACCAAUGUGGUAAGGACUUUAGAACAUGGAAUGUCCUGCAAAUACAUAAGCGAACACAUACAGGAGAGAAACCCUAUGACUGUAAACAAUGUGGUAAAGUCUUUGCAAGAAGCUGUCAUCUCCAAAUACAUAAUCGAACACAUGCAGGAGAGAAACAGUAUGAAUGUAACCAAUGUGGUAAAGCUUUGAAAAGAAGGAGUGACCUCCAAAUCCAUAAGCGAACACAUACAGGAGAGAAACCCUAUGAAUGUAACCAAUGUGGAAAAGCCUUUGCAAGUAGUGGUGACCUCCAACAACAUAAACGAACACAUACAGGAGAGAAACCCUAUGAAUGUAAACAAUGUGGUAAAGCCUUUUCAGAAUGCAGUCAUCUCCGAAUACAUAAGCGAACACAUACAGGAGAGAAACCCUAUGAAUGUAAACAAUGUGGUAAAGCCUUUGCACAUAGCAGUCAUCUCCACAAACAUGAGCGAACACAUACAGGAGACAAACCCUAUGAAUGUAACCAAUGUGGUAAAGCCUUUGCAGUAAUCUAUACUCUCCAAAUGCAUAAGCGAACACAUACAGGAGACAAACCCUAUGAAUGUAACCAAUGUGGUAAAGCCUUUGCAGUAAUCUAUACUCUCCAAAUGCAUAAGCGAACACAUACAGGAGACAAACCCUAUGAAUGUAACCAAUGUGGUAAAGCCUUUGCAGUAAUCUAUACUCUCCAAAGGCAUAAGCAAACACAUACAGGAGAGAAACCCUAUAAAUGUAAACAAUGUGGUAAAGCCUUUACAAGAAGCUGUCAUCUCCGAAUACAUAAGCGAACACAUACAGGAGAGAAACCCUAUGAAUGUAACCAAUGUGGAAAAGCCUUUGCAAGAAGUGGUGACCUCCAAAAACAUAAACGAACACAUACAGGAGAGAAACCCUAUGAAUGUAAACAAUGUGGUAAAGCCUUUGCACAUAGCAGUCAUCUCCACAAACAUGAGCGAACACAUACAGGAGACAAACCCUAUGAAUGUAACCAAUGUGGUAAAGCCUUUGCAGAAAGCAGUACUCUCCAAAUCCAUAACCGAACACAUACAGGAGAGAAACCCUAUGAAUGUAACCAAUGUGGUAAAGCUUUUAUAACAAGGAGAGUCCUCCAAAUACAUAAGCGAACACAUACCGGAGAGAAACCAUAUGAAUGUAAACAAUGUGGUAAAGCCUUCGCAAGCAGUAGUGACCUCCAAAAACAUAAACGAACACAUUCAGGAGCGAAACCCUAUGAAUGUAAACAAUGUGGUAAAGCUUUUGCACAAAGCAGUCAUCUCCGAAUACAUAAGCAAACACAUACAGGAGAGAGACCCUAUGAAUGUAACUAGUAUGGUAAAGCCUUUGCAGGAAGCAGUGUUCUCCAAUGCCAUAAAAGAUAAAUACAGGAGAGACACCAUAUGAAUGUAACCAAGGUGGUAAACCCUUUGAAGGAAGCAGUGGUCUUGAAUAUCAUAAUCGAACACACACAGCUGAAAAACCCAGGAAUGUAACCAAUGUGGUAAAGUCUUUGCAGGAAGGAGUGACCUUUAAAGAGAAAAGACCAUACAGGAGAGAAACUCUAUGUAGGUAUCUGAUGUUAUAAAGCCUUUGCAGCAAGCAUUGAUCUCCAAGUACAUAAAUGAACAUAUACCAGAGAGGAACCUUUUAAACGUAACCAAUGUGGUAAAGCUUUUUCGAAAACCAAUAGUCUUUACACACAUAAAAGCACAUAUAGUUGAGAGAAAUGCUUUGAUUUUAACCAAUGUGGUUAAACUUUUUCAAAAAGCAGUCAUCAACAAAAUCAUGAAAGAGCACGUAUAGGAGAGAGAUUUUUGAAUGUUAGCAAUGGUGCUUUUAUAGCUUUUUCACAAAGCAGUGGCCUCCAAAUAUAUAAAGCAACACAUACAGGAGAGAAACCCUAUGAAUAUUGGCAAUGUUUUAAAACACUUCUACAUCACAAUCAUCUUCAAAUCUGUAAGGAACAUGAGGUUUUGAGAAAUCCUCUGAAUAACACCAAUUAGGGAAAGCAAUUGUACAAAAGAGUCAUCUCCCAACACAAAAGUAUACACACUAGAUAUAAACCCUAUGAAUAUAGGCAAUGUGGUAAACAUUUUAUAAGUCACAGUAGUCUCUAAGUAAAUAAAAAGAGACACAGUUGAGAAAAACACUAUGAAAUGAACAAGUGAACAGAGCCUUGUGCAUUAAAAUCUUCAAAUACAUAAAAGAAGACAUAGAGGUGAGAAAUCCGAUGUCUACAAGCCAUGUGGUAUUGCUUUCACUUGUCAGUCAUAUUCAAAGACACAAAAGAAAACAAAAUGUAACAAAAGGCUGAGUGUGUUUAAUAUGGUGAAACUUUUUGAAUAUUUUAGAGUCUUCACAAUGAAACAAUUCAUACUGCAAAUAAAUUUAGGAAUAUAAUAUGGUGAAACCUUUUCAGAUUUCCCAAAUCUUCAUCAUUAUGAAUGGGAAACCCAUAAAUGCAUUCAAUAUGGGGAAGCCUUUAAACAUUUCUAAUUCUUUAUAAUCCUGAAAAUAAUCAUACAAAGUUCAAGGGGAUACAAGAAAUGUUUCUUAUUGUCUUGCUUGAGUUACAGUCCUGACAUCCUUUGGUAUGAAUAUCAAUGUGGAAAUUGUGAGUGGAUGCCCUUUCCUCCCCAACUGCUUCUUGGUCAUAAUGUUUAUGCAGGAAUAGAAACCCUGACUAAGACAAAUUGGUAUCUGGAGUGGGGUAUUCCUGUGUCAACCUGACCAUGUUUUGGGAGGACUGUGGAAGGACUUUGGAACUUUGGGUUAGAAGAUCCAUUCUGUGUUAAGAACGCUGUGGGAUGUUGUGUAGGAGCUUGGAAGAUAAUGUUGAGAACCGUGCAGAAGAUGGAAGCCUGGCUUGUGAAAUUUUAGAGGGAAAAUGAAAGCCUCUUUUCAGGGCCAUUGUUACUUUGUGAAGAUUCUGUGGUUCUGGUUAACUGGGGCUGAAGAAUCAGCUGUGAUUAACAAGAUACCAGAACUACUAGAGUGAAAACUUUGCAUUACUGGGACUGUUGAUGCUGGUUAGCAGGAGCUAAGAAAUUAGCAGUGAUUAAGAAGAAACCAGCAUCAUUGAAGUGGCAUCAUCUGUGAAGUGUUUUCUGAGAGCACAGAGGAAGUGUUCUAGAGAUAAUCAAGGUGGUACCUUGUGCUGUGGCUGGACUUGGUAGUGUGUGAGUCUUAACCUCGUGGUACUGGUUUUGAAGGCAUGAAGGGAUAAUGCAGAGCAGCUAAGGCCCAGCACUUUGAGAGGUCAUGG